ACAUGUAACAGUCGGUUUUAGCAGUGUACGAUGACGUGUAGUGUAGUGUAAAUGACAUUCAUGCUGAAGCAGUCGGAAAGUGCCCAAAGUAUGACUAUCCAAAGUUUGGACAGUUUGGACACUAAGAGUGACACCAUGCAGAAUGACAAGAAUCAGCAGCUGACGAGCAAAAAUGGACACAUUAGUUUCAGUGUUGCGUCCUUGCUGGCCGACACGAGGCCCAGUUCGACGAAUAACUCGACGCCCCCUCCGCAGAAUCAUUCGUCGGACGAAGAGUACGAUUCCAACCAGGAGGACUCGAUAGUGGAUGUCGAGGAUCUCAAUUCAGAUAGCAAGGAAGAAGGGUCGAAAGAAGAUCUGCUUCAGCAGAGGGAACGGGACUUUGCUAAGGAGGCGGUGUUGAGUCAAGGGCCCAUCAGGCCCACGCCGUUCUCGGCCCUUGCGGCGGCGGUGUAUCAAGCGGCGCAUCCGAAUUGGUCGCACCAAGGGCUGGUCAACCCGUUCGCCGGCCCGGGGCCCAUGUUCCAAGGGCCCACGCCGUUUGGAGUGCCCAGUUUGAAUUCAGUGGAUUCCAAUGGAGAACCUCCCAAGCUGAAGUGUAAUUUGAGGAAACAUAAGCCGAAUAGGAAGCCCAGGACGCCGUUUACUACGCAGCAGCUUCUGGCUUUGGAGAAGAAGUUUAGGGAUAAGCAGUACCUGAGUAUAGCGGAGAGGGCGGAGUUUUCGAGUAGUUUAAGGCUCACGGAGACACAGGUGAAAAUCUGGUUCCAAAACCGCCGUGCCAAGGCGAAACGCCUCCAGGAAGCCGAAAUCGAGAAGCUGAAGAUGGCGUCUUUAUCUCGCCACCCUCAUCCACUCUACCCGCAUCCAGCGCUGCAGGGCUAUUUCCCCCCCGGAGCCCACCCCCUGGCGUCGCUGCUGGGGGCCCGGCCCCCCAUGGGCCACCUCGGCCUCAUUCCGCAACCGCCCCCACACUUGACGUCGCCGCAAGGUGCGAUCCGAUCUCCCAGCCCCCACAUGUCCUAAAUCGUGGGGCGGCAAACGCUGCAAUAUGUGAUCGUUACAAUGGAAGAACGCACUAUUAUUAUUCUUUGUGCCAAAUUAGUGAUUCGAUACUCUAGCAUUUUAAUCGGUUGUUUUUGUUUUGUUGUGUCAUGGUUUUGGUUUUAUCGUUCAUGGCGACCUCUCACUGCUUAUCGCCGUUCGCUUGAUCUUUGCACUCAUUACGGCACGAUUCGACGCUUUUGAGACGUUUAUAAAUUGAUUUUUGACGGCGGGAUUCUCAAAAGGGAGAUAAAGAUGUUCAUCCGGGUCCGAAAUAUACACGGUGAGCCAGAAAUUUUCAAAAGUUUACGCACCGUUUAAGAAAAAAGGUCUACGUUUAGAAAUUAUAUUACCUUUUCGUAAUAAUCAUACAGUCGAACUUCUUUAAAUCGUCGUAUAUAUUACGUUUCUAAAUUUGAAAAUAUUUGUCAUUGAAUUAAAUUUUGAAUUAAAACGUGUUUAAUUUUUGAUUUUGGAUAUUUUGUAAAAACUUUUUUUUCAUUUUUUACUGUAACUCAUCUGCUUUUUCCACUCGCUAAUGGAGGAGGUCAUUUAAAGGAAAACCCAACAAACAAUCCGUUUAUAAUUAAACAUGACUUAAUCCCACACAAACAAAUUUUAUUAUUCCAAAGCAAAUUAAUUUCCUUUAUCACCACAAAAAUCCCUAGGUUAUCACCACCAGGGUCAGCAAACGAGCACCAAGAGUGAUAAAACCAAACUAACCGUUAAAUGAUUGCAUUUAAUGUAUUUUGUAAAUAGUAUUUGUACAAAGUUUGUAUAUAGUGUUGUAAAAACUACGAUGUAAAUUAUAGGCGUAAUUUUACUAUUUAAAGUGUAAAAACACCCAGUAUGGCACUUAGUCCUCGCUAGGUUCACCACGACGGUUCAUAGUACAUAUAGAGCGAAAAAAUAAACAGAUAACCGAGUUCUCUA